CCCUUAACCGAAUCCACACUCUCCACCAAAAUCCAAAUUUCCAAGAAACCAAUUGGACGACCUUGCAGAACACACACUUGUUAAUGCUUACAAAUGGCUACUGGACUAUUCUGGAGACGGUGCCCUAUUCGAUUGCCAGUGCAGCUCCCAAUCAGACUCUGAGUACCACCACUCUGAGCAAUGGUGGCCAAAGCCUGCUGUCGGGAGCCACCGUGGUGGUCGAGCUGCCUCCCGACGAUCUGGGCAAUCCGGUGGGAAAUAUCCAGUAUACCAUACCGGCCCUCACAAAAAACGCCACCACGAAUACGAAUACGACCAGUCUGCUGCACAAACCACAGGCCACCACCAUACAGAUUGUGAAGCAGCAACACCAACAGCAACACCAACAGCACCAGCAACAACAUCAGCAACAGCAGCAGCAACAACAGCAACUCCAUCAGCAACAUCGGCAGCAUUUAACUAUCCAACAGCCGCAGGCGCAUGCGCGACAGGAGUACAUUAAAAUAGACACCUCCAGGCUGGAGGACAAGAUGCUUUUGCGCGACGUGAUGCAGUAUGGAGCCACCAGCAUUGCCAUGGCUCCGCAAAGUGCCACCACCACUGUGGUGUCCACCCACGAGUCAGGUUUGCUGUUGACCGAUGCAGAUGAAGCCGAACGAGAGCUGGAACUGGAGGCCAUGAAGGUUGAUCAGCACGAUGAGGAGCAACUGCUUGACGACGAGGGCUAUGUGGUCGAGAAAAUUCACGGUGAUGGAGAGCCGGUUCACCAGCAGACGGAAAAGCUGUACAUGAAUGGUAUAUCCAAUACCAUCCACACGGCCACCACAAUGACUUUGCAGCAGGUGACCAGUGAUUAUCCGCUGGAAGACUGCAAGUACGCCUGCAAUGUGUGUGGGAAGACCUACAAAAUCAAGGGAUCUCUUAAGCGGCACAAGAACUACGAGUGCGGCGUAGAGCCAAAUCUCAAGUGUCCCCAUUGUCCGCACAAGUGCAAGUACAAGUCCGAUUUGCGCAAGCACAUGAACCAGAAACAUGCCGAUUCCGGGGAGGCGAUCCUGGGAAACUAGGUCGAUUAACCAUAAGACAUAUUAACAUUUUUAGUCUGUUUAGCACUUGUUGUUGUGAGUUACCAUAAUGUGUGAUUAAUAUUUACCCUACAUUUAUGUAUUUACACAGGGCUCUCUGAUCUUUUUUGGAGGCUUAAAAAAUGGUUUAUAACUAGAGCAUUUUAAUGCAAUUUCUAGAUAAUUAGAAGUAUCUAUUAAAUCAAUUAAAAGUAUUUAUUGGAUCCUUUGUAUAUAGUGUUGUAGAACCAAUAUAAAACCUCUUUAAAGCACCUCCAUAUUUUUUUUAAUCUCCAAAAAAUUUCGCCGAGCCCCAAUAGUCAGUAAACUGUUUGUAAUAUAGCCAAAGUUAUGAUCUCAAAAUGUAAUCUUAAAUACAGUAAGCUAGUUGGACUGAGUAUCGAAACGCGCCGUCAAGUGAAGUUCAAGAUGAAUUGCUCAAUCUGUAGAAUCAAAUUUCGAACCAGCUCAAAAUCAAGUCUAAGUUUAAGUAUUUUAAAUUCGAACAUUAUACAAUAGAUAACGUUUUAAAAACAUAACCCAAUCACUGCGUGUUUUACCAUGUAUAUGAAAGUACCCAAACAUACCAAUAAAUAAAUGUUUAUAAUCGAA